AACAAAAUGGAUCAGAAGAAACUGUUCUGUUUCCCAGAUCUUCUUGGGAAAGACGAUCUCUUUAAUCCUCUGAAUCAGAUGUUCAUCCAAAUGGCGUGCAUCCUCGUCUUCUCCCAGUUGUUCUAUCUUCUUCUUAAACCCUCUGGACAAGCUGGCCCUGUCUCCCAGAUCCUUGCUGGAAUCGUGCUGAGCCCUACCGUGUUGUCGAGGAUCGAUAAGGUCCAGGAGUUCUUCCUCCAGAGAGAUUCGGCGCAAUAUUAUUCCUUCUUCUCCUUCCUUUUGCGCACAUCUUUCAUGUUCUUGAUCGGUCUGGAGGUGGAUUCCGACUUCAUGCGGAGGAAUUUCAGAAGAGCUGCAGUGAUAACCUUUAGCUGUUUCGUGAGUUGCAGUCUCAUCUGCCUAUGUUUCCUCUGGUUGGUGCUUCAUCUCUUGAAGAUAGAGGGCGACACGUUCACAUUUGCCUUGGUUUUCCUCGUUACCUUGUCCAACACGGCAUCUCCUGCAGUCAUUUGUUCCAUCGCCGAUCUGAAGCUUCACACCUCUGAGAUCGGACGUCUCGCCAUAACCUGCGCUUUGUUCAUGGAAAUCGCCACCGUUGUCUUCUACACGGUGGUCGUUUCGGUUAUUGCACGAACAGUGACCGAGGAUCUCUUCCUUGUCGUGUUUCUAACCGGAGCCCUAAUCCUGAUCAACAAGUUCUUAGCUCCGUGGCUAUCAAGGAGGAGUCCUGCAGAAAAAUAUCUCUCCAAGACCGAAACCCUAAUCUUUUUCAUCCUCGUUCUCGUCCUUUCCAUAACCAUCGAAGCCUUGGACAUCAAUUCCGCGGUUUCCAUGUUCUUCGUCGGCCUUAUGUUUCCACGACAAGGCAAAUCCUACAGAACGUUGCUUCAGCGGCUAAGUUACCCUAUUCACGAGUUCGUUCUUCCCGUUUACUUUGGAUACAUCGGUUUCAGAUUCAGCCUCCAGACAUUGCUCACGGCGAACAACUUCAUCGUCCUCGUCCUUACAGUGAUUCUAAGCUUAGCUGGGAAAUUCAUUGGAGUGUUUGGUGCUUGUUCUUACCAGAAGAUUCCAUGGAAAUACUGGUCAUUCUUAUCUUCGAUUCUCUCCAUGAAAGGCCAUGUCGGUCUUCUCCUACUCGAUCUAAAUCCAGACGCGAAGAAAUGGCGAGGCCAAAUCAUUCAUGAUCUUAUCGUGGCAGCGUUAGUGAUAACGACGCUUAUCAGCGGAGUUAUAGCAGCUUUCUUGCUCAGAUCGCGGCAGAGAAGCUUCGCCCAGGAGAGGACUUCGUUGGAAUUCCACGAAACGGGGGAGGAGCUACGUGUUUUGUCCUGCGUUUAUGGCCUUCUACACGCCCGUGGAGCGAUCUCGCUCGUUUCUGCACUUAGCGGAUCGUCUUCACCCUUCACUCCUCUUCUCUUGCAUCUUGUACCUCUCCCAAAAAAACGUAAAUCCGAGUUACUGUAUCACGAACAAGACGAUGGAGGAGGAGGAGGUGGAAAGUUCAACGAAGACGACGAAUUCGCAACCAACGAAGGUCUAGAGAUCAACGAAUCCAUCGAUUCUUUCUCCAAAGAUAGCAAGAUCUUGAUCCAUCAGGUGAAACUGGUUUCUCAGGCUUUGAAUAUGCACGAAGAGAUCUGUAACGCGACGGAAGAUUUGCGGGUAUCGAUCAUUUUCUUACCAUUCCAUAAACACCAGAGGAUCGACGGGAAAACGACAAACGACGGGGAAGAGAUCCGUCAGACAAAUCACAAGGUUCUCAGACACGCGCCUUGCUCGGUUGGGAUCUAUGUGGACAGGAACAAAACAGGGUUUCAGCAACCUCACAGUUUCGGAUCCGUACAACACGUAGCUGCGUUGUUCUUCGGGGGUCCUGAUGAUCGAGAGGCCUUGUCUCUAUGCAAGUGGUUAAUCAACAACUCUUUGAUUCAUCUUACUGUUAUACAGUUCGUGUCCGAGAACUCGAAGGAAGAGAAUCAGAUCAAGAACACAAUGCAAGAGAACAAUGAUGUCUUUAUGGAGAUUCUUGGGAGAGAUGCAGAGGAUGAUCGAAUCUUCUUAGAAGACUUCUAUAACAGAUAUGUAACAACAGGACGAGUAGGGUUCAUAGAGAAGCAUGUGAGCAACGGGUCGCAAAUGGUAACGAUUCUGAGAGAGAUCGGGGAGAUGUACUCACUGUACGUGGUGGGAAAAGGGCAAGGAGACCGUUCGAUAACGGUUGAAAUGAGCGACUGGGAAGAAUGUCCGGAACUCGGUAAGGUCGGAGAUUUUCUUGCAUCCUCGGAUCUUGAUGUAAAUGCAUCUGUGUUAGUGGUUCAGAGACAUAGACACUCACAUACUAGUCUGUUAGGCGAUUAUUAGCAACUUCGAUUUGCACAUAAACACCAUCUUGUAAAGAAAACAUUUGUUGAAAGCAAACUUCGAGCAACAUUUUCUCGGAAACCAGCAUCUGUUGAUUCAAAUCGCGAAGAAGAAACUGAAAUGAAAACCAUUAUACGCCAUUCCUAUACCGAAAUCUACGAUCAAAACGGCUAUGAACUCGCUUUAAAGCUCGUUCGUGGAUGAAAAAGAUCUUGUUA